AUGUUACAAACUUCCAGUUUCCUUUCGAAUGUAGUCUCAACAGUACUGAUGCACCAUAUGUCAUGGGUAGCCAGCGUCGCUCCUCCAUUACACGCACCAACACAUCUGCAUGAAAAAAAUCCGCUUGUUGGUUCGGUAGGGUUGAUAAUUUUUAACGAUGAAGCCCCAUAUAUGCCGUAUAAUGCUCAAAUCGCUCAAUAUUUGGAGAUUAGUGGUAGUGUUGGAAGUGCACACCGUAUGGCUAAGACGGUUGUGAGCGGGAUCGAUUGCGAUCUCAUAGCGUCAAUUCUACAAGUGCUAUCGUAUUUCAUUCGCUGUUCGGCUAUACAUCAGAAAGAUGAUGAACAACGAUUCCGGUUGCCGAUUGCCCAGUCGUUCUCACCAUGCACGGCUACGACACCAGAAUCACUUGCUAGUCCACCCUCCGAAUGUCCACUUGAUGUGACAUUUAGUCCUAGUAAAGGUAUUGAAGAAGACGCUAUGUCAUCUUGUUCGUUGGAAUCAUUACCAUCCCUCACCGGUGGUCGUUCUCGACGUGAACGUCAUGCGUUCUCCUCCGUCGCCGACGAUUUUCCUUCAAUGCCACCCGCAGGUGGACUUGGUCGUUCACUGCUCGCAGGACCAUUUUCGGACUACUCACCACAUUUCGUGUUGUCGGGUUUGAUCGGAAGCCAUAGUCGUAUCAAUGAGGCAUUCGCUAAAAUGAUUGAUGACGUUCGCUGUGAAGAUACUGCGUGUCAUCGAGCUGCUGCGACAUCGUUGUCGUCGUCGAUGUCGUCAUCUUCGAUCUGUGAUCCUGUUCAACUUCCCGACAACGUUAUCAUUCUAGCCGACACUCAUACCUGGAGUGUUCAAGUGGCAUCGAACGAAGGAUGGGGAGAGGUAUUUUCACCAUCGGAAGCUGUGGUUUCUAUGUUGGAGCAGUUUUGUGACCUUUAUCGUGUUGGGUACGCUCCUAAACUGUUGAUAAGCUUCUUGGAGGAUUCCCUAUCGGAUGUAUUGAGCAAGAGUCUAAGUUUAGUCGAAAUUGUCUCACGGAGCUCGCCGUCUUCACAAGGCACAUUGUCCCCGGAGCGUGUUCGUGCCAUAGUGGACUGCGAUCACUCUGAUCUUCGUCUAAUUUUAAAUGUAGCAUCUGUCUAUUGGCCCGCAGUGCUAGCUUCGGUGGCUUAG